AUGUCUGUGUUUCGGCUUCCCUCUUUCACUUGUCGCAGGUUGAAUGGGCAGCUAUCCCGGUUCUGGUGGGCGGAUCAGGAUAAAGAAGAUGGUAUUCACUGGCUCUCCUGGCAAGAAGUUUGCUACAGCAAAUUUGAAGGGGGUCUCGGGUUCCGAGACUUUGAGAGGUUUAACAUAGCUCUGUUGGCGAAGCAAGCCUGGAGAGUACUGCAGAACCCGGCUUCCACAUUAGCUCACCUGUAUCGAGCUCGUUAUCACCCAAAUUCUUCCUUCCUAGAGGCAAAGGUGGGAUCUAGACCCUCUUGGGCUUGGCAAGGAUUGUUAGCAGGCCGUGAUCUCCUUCUACGCGGACUUCGGUGGCGUGUUGGUGACGGUGUUCGCAUCCGCAUAUUAACAGAUAAGUGGCUCCCUUCUGACCCUCCCUCCUCUCCUACUCUUCUUGCGGGUAUCAGUUGGUGCCCCGUGCUUGUUGCGGGUAUCAGUCUCACUGUUCACCAGCGAGUCUGUAGAGUUGAUACUCUCCAUCCCCCUUUGUUUUCGACUGCUGCCGGACCGUUUGAUUUGGCAUUAUGCGGCUAA